AUGGACAGAUCCAACAUGAACUCCUUUCUGGAAUACUCCAUCUGCAACCGGCCGGGCACCGGCGCCUACCCUGCACCAAAAUCUGGAUACCAUCAUCACCAUCAUCAUCAUCCGCAUCCUGCUCUGGAACAUCACCAGGGCUUCCCGGUGACCGCCGGAGCUUUCCACACGGCCUCUCCAGGCUGCACGGCGUCUGUUAACGGAACUACAAGCGACAGCAGCACCGGGGGAGCGAGCUACACCGGCGACGGGCGGCUGUACGCCGUUACGGGCAGUGAAGGCGCGCCGGGGGCCUCGGGAGUGAACCAGCAGCAUCAGCACCAUCACCAGCAUCAUCAUCAUCAUCAUCAUCACCAACAGCAGCAGCAGACGCAGACGCAUAACGGCUACCAUCAUCAUCCUCAUCUGCACCAGAGCCAAACAGUGCAAAGUGGGAUCGGACUGUCGAACUACAAUAACGGGAGUACCGGGAGCACCGGGGCCUACGCGGCCCAGCCAUGCGCCACGAACUCGGAUUAUGUGGGAGCGACGGGCUCGCCCAGUGCCGUUCACCCGCAGUAUUUCAUGGAGGAAUCUGUAACGUCCAGCUACUACCACCAGUCAGCUUUCCCCAGUCAGGCCCCCAGCUACGGGGCCCUGGCCGGGGCCUACUGCGGGCCUCAGGGCGCCCUGGCCGGUUCGCAGUACCCACAGCAGCUCGGCGGCGGCCUGGACGCAGUGGGAUACCUUGGCCUCUCUCACGGCGGGGUGUACGGAGAGAUGCCGGCCUCCCAGGACCGUGAGAGAGGGGACGAGGAGGGCCAACAGGCCGGGCAGGGCCAGACCUUCGACUGGAUGAAGGUGAAGAGGAACCCGCCCAAGACAGUCAAAGCGGCAGACUUCGGGCUCGCGGGCUCCCACCACAACAACGCCAUGCGCACCAACUUCAGCACGCGGCAGCUGACGGAGCUCGAGAAGGAGUUCCACUUCAGCAAGUACCUGACGCGCGCGCGCCGCGUGGAGAUCGCCGCCACGCUCGAGCUGAACGAGACGCAGGUGAAGAUCUGGUUCCAGAACCGGCGCAUGAAGCAGAAGAAGCGCGAGCGGGAGGGCGCCUCCUCCUCCACGGCGCGCACAUCCGGCUCCGGUUCGGGUUCCGGGACCGGUUCCGGUUUCAGCAAGGAGCUCGAGGACACCAACUCGGACCGCUCAUCCGCGUCCACGUCUCCCAGCGCGUCCCCGAGUUCGGAGACAUAG